AUGGAUCAGUUAACAAUUGAAGAUUCUUUUGGAACAGUUACACUGAGAUCAAAUCUGUCUGAUUUAUUAUUAUCAAACGAGGAAAAAGUACAAAAUUUUGUUGGCAUUUGGUUUUAUGAUGAUAAUAUUGAUCCAAAAGAAAUCAGUCAAAUGGAAAAUUGUCUAAAUAAAAUCUUUAAUUAUUCAAAAAUGUUUAAUGAUCCUGCUGAACUGAUAUCCCGAUUAACUGAAUGUUUAACUCGAAUUGCUGUUAAACGUGAAGAAUUUCUCACCGUCUAUAUUCAUUGUUUAACAAAUAUUAAUGAUUAUCAAAUUUAUUGCCAGCAUUCGAAAGUCAAGCAUAAUCUAUUUGACAAUAUGAAUGACUUAUUGACUAAAGUAUCAAGCGAUAUUCAAGAUUAUGAGGUGUGGGAAGCACAUGACGAUGUUUAUGAUGAUAAAAUUUUUACACAAACGCUGCCAUCAAUAAAUCUAUUUAAUUCAAAUUUUAAAGAAACAUCUUUUCGUAAUUUAACUAAAGACUCAAUUGCAUUCGUCUGGUUUCAAAUGCUGAUCGAAAUUUUAACGCGUCUUGAACAUAAAGAUGAUGCAAAACAGGAUAUGGUAAAUGAAUGUCGAGCACGCUACAUAGAUAAACAAAUAUAUUUCGAUAAGAUUAAGGAAUUUGAAGAAUGCUACAGGUCACACGAAGCUAUUGUCUGGUAUACUCUUAAUACUUGUUUCUUUCGUCUUUUAAAUCAAGCAUUUCGAACAGAAAAUAUACAACGUAUUUUCCCAUUUCGCCUAAUGAUAACUGACAUACAACGACAGUUACGUAUUGAAUAUAUGAAAGUUGAAAAAAAGCCGAUCGAAAAAGCCUAUCGUGGAAGAAUGUUACCUGUGAAUACAUUACAGAGACUCAUUGAUAAUCAGAAUGGUCUUAUAUCAAUGAACGGUAUUUUAUCAGCAACACGAAGUGAAUCUGUUGCACUCAUGUUUGCUGGUGAAGGCUGCAUACGUCCAGGUUAUGAAUCAGUUGUAUUUGAAUUAGAUCUUAGUACUAUAAAUACUUGCACAAAACCAUUUGUUGAUAUAGCACACUUAAGUAAGAUGAAAGACGAAUUAGAAGUAUUAUUUUCAUCAGGAACGAUCUGGCGCAUUGAAUCUGUCUCUGAUGACGAUAGUAAUAAACGUUGGAAAAUUAAAUUGAAAUUGGGAAGUGAUAAUGAUUUAGAAUCAAUUCAUUUAAUGAAUCAAUUAAAAAUUCGAUUAAAUAAUGAAUCAUCGUGUACAUUUAUGACAUUAGGUAAUUUUUACUUGAGCUAG